AUGUUUCGGUUGUUGAUGUGGUUGAUGUUGUUAAUGUUUGAAAGUGAUAAAGUAAUGUGGGUGAUGAUAAUGGACAUUAUGGAAGAUAAAGGUUGUUGUUAUGAAAAUGGUUAUGAAAAGGUGAAUCAGAUGGUGGUUCAGGAAGCUGCUCAGAAAACAAUAAACUCAAUUGGAUUGGGUUUUGACAUCCCAGUAGAUACCAAGUUUGAGAAUUAUAGGAGUAUUGGUUCACCUUUGAUCUUCAUCAAUAAAGAACAACGACGGUGUCGUGAUUUGGAGAUUCCUGGUGCUGUUACAGUUCCUAAUUUUCCAAACUCUACCAAAUGUGCCAGAGAAGAUUCUAUUAGUAUUCAUUUAGAUGUUCUCACCUCAGACCAGCUCCAUGGCUUAUAUGAUGCUAAACUGGUUUAUGGUGAUUUGGUCGACAGUUCAAGCUAUGAACUUGGAAUGAAGAGGAUUGCAGCACGAAGGGCAUGA